AAGCGCGCCUCCUUGGCCACGCUUUCCGCCACACCAGUGCCCGCAGCAGCCUGCGGAGCCGCCGAGGCAGCGCAAUGGUUGCGGCGCUGUUUGGCUGCUGGUUCCGCGUGGGCGGGGCCCGCUCUGGGGUGUCCGGCCCGGUCAUCCCGGUCGGUCGGACUGUGGUACAGACCUCCAUGAGCCGGUCCCAGGUAGCCCUGCUGGGCCUGGGCCUGCUGCUCAUGCUGCUACUGUACGUGGGGCUGCCAGGCCCCCCUGAGCAGACCUCCUGGCUCUGGGGAGGCCCCAAUGUCACAAUCCUGGCUGGUCUCACCCCUGGCAACUCCCCCAUCUUUUACCGCGAGGUGCUCCCACUCCACCGGGCACGCAGGGUGGAGGUGGUGCUGCUCCAUGGAAAGGCCUUUAACUCCCACACGUGGGAGCAGCUGGGCACACUGCAGCUGCUGGCGCAGAGGGGCUACCGGGCCGUGGCCCUUGACCUCCCAGGUUUUGGGAACUCAGCACCUUCCAAGGAGGCAAGCACAGAGGCAGGGCGGGCAGAGCUGCUGGAGCGAGUGCUUCGAGACCUGGAGGUGCGGAAUGCCGUGUUGGUGAGCCCCUCUCUGAGUGGCCGUUAUGCCCUGCCCUUUUUGAUCCAAGGCCACCACCAGCUGCGUGGAUUCGUGCCCAUCGCACCCGCCUCCACCCAGAACUACACCCAGGAACAAUUCUGGGCCGUGAAGCUCACCCCGCGCAGCGCCAUGGCCAGCGAGGGUCUCGAGGGCGAGCACCCGUCCGUGACACUCUUCCGUCAGUACCUGCGCAUCCGCACCGUCCAGCCGGAACCCGACUACGGGGCUGCCGUGGCCUUCCUGGAGAAGAGAGCCCACCAGCUGGGCCUGAGCUGUCAGAAAGUAGAGGUGGCACCAGGCCGUGUGGUGACCGUGCUGACGUGGCCAGGCACCAACCCCAGACUCUCCUCCCUUUUACUCAACUCCCACACGGAUGUGGUGCCUGUCUUCAAGGAACACUGGAGUCAUGACCCCUUUGAGGCCUUCAAGGAUGCCGAGGGCUACAUCUAUGCCAGGGGCACCCAGGACAUGAAGUGUGUCAGCAUCCAGUACCUGGAGGCUGUGAGGAGGCUGAAGGCUGAGGGCCACCAUUUCCCCAGGACCAUCCACAUGACCUUUGUGCCAGAUGAGGAGGUUGGGGGUCACCAAGGCAUGGAGCUGUUUGUGCAGCGGCCCGAGUUCCAGGCUCUUAGGGCUGGCUUUGCCCUCGAUGAGGGCCUGGCCAACCCCGCCGAUGCCUUCACUGUCUUUUAUAGUGAGCGGAGCCCCUGGUGGGUGCGGGUCACAAGCAUCGGGAAGCCGGGUCACGGUUCACGCUUCAUUGAGGACACAGCAGCAGAGAAGCUGCACAAGGUCGUGAGCUCAAUCCUGGCUUUCCGGGAGAAGGAGAGGCAGAGGCUGCAGUCAAACCCCCACCUGAAGGAGGGGGCUGUGACUUCUGUGAACCUGACUAAGCUAGAGGGCGGCGUGGCCUGCAAUGUGGUACCUGCUACUAUGAGCGCCAGUUUUGACUUCCGUGUGGCACCGGAUGUAGACCUGAAGGCUUUCGAGGAGCAGCUGCAGGGCUGGUGCCAGGCAGCCGGCGAGGGAGUCACCUUCGAGUUUAUUCAGAAGUGGACAGAGUCCCGAGUGACAUCUACUAAUGACUCAGAUCCCUGGUGGGCAGCAUUCAGUGGGGUCUUCAAGGACAUGAACCUCACUCUGGAGCCGGAGAUCUUCCCAGCUGCCACCGAUAGCCGUUAUCUCCGUGCGGUGGGGGUCCCAGCUCUGGGCUUCUCACCCAUGAACUGCACACCCGUGCUGCUGCAUGACCACGAUGAGCGUCUGCAUGAGGCUGUGUUCCUCCGUGGGGUUGACAUAUACACACGGUUGCUGCCUGCUCUGGCCAGCGUGCCUGCCCUGCCCAGUGAGAGCUGAGUCCCAGGCUCCCCAACCUCUACCCCGGGAGUGUCCAUCCUGACUAGUGUCAAGUACCCCUCUGCCCCCCUGCCCCCCAAUAAAGUCUGUGUGCAGACAGGG